CGGACAACAUUGUCAAGGACGGAUAGCAACACUUGCAUGCUGGAAUUAUACGUAGCCUGGUGUUCCUGACUGGCCUUACCGUUGAAGCACAUGUAACAAUCAUGUUCAUUCUGAUAGCGUGUGUCUUGUUGUCCUGUUGGGUUGAAGUAGGCACAUACAGGUGUCCCUCAACAGCUCCUCUUUACUUCCCAAAUCUUUGGAACAACUGUAUUAGUGCACAGGAAUGUCGAAGAAAGUCAUUUGUGGUCUACGAGAGAACAUGCGUGCAUUCCUGUCCGCCCGGGACGUUUUACCAACAGGAGGCUUCCACCUGCUACAACACGUGUCCUGUACAUACGAUCAGGAUAGGAUCACGUUGUUUGAAUGGGACAUACUGCGUGUCCAACAACAACCAGGUUCUGUUUAAUGGUACAUGCGUGCCAUCCUGCCCUUCGUCCGCGCCUUUCACGAAAGAUGGGGUUUGUCGUAAGGAAUGCCCAGCUGAUACUGUAACGAAUAAGUCCGACUGUGUGUCUCCAUCAGACUGUGUGGUAAGGGGAUAUUUCAUAGACAACACAACAUGUGUUAAAGCUUGUCCUCCUGAGAAACAGUCGAUUCUACAAGGUGUCUGUCAUUCUUCAUGUCCACCUGACAAAUCUGUCACCGUAAAUGGAACAGCUUGCCUAUCAAAACAGGAAUGUACUGACAAGCUGGGCCAUUUCAUAUACAACAAUACCUGUGUUCCCGAGUGUCCACCUACAGCUAUGUUCAGUGACCAGGGGUCAUGCACAGCACUGUGCCCGAAAGAGAAAUGUGUUCUUGGGACAGAUUGCAUUUUGGUCACUGAAUGUGUCAGCCGGAAUAGCGUUAUUUUCCGAAAUGAAUGCAUCGCCGCUUGUCCUGCUGAAGCCCCUCAUGCAAUAGAUAAUGUCUGCUACUCGACAUGCCCAAAGGACUACGUGUUGGAUAAUGAAACAUGCAUAGGUUUACAACAAUGCAUAUCUACACGUGGCCUCUUUAAGGUGAUAUUCAACAAUACCUGUGUUGACUCCUGUCCACAUGAAGCACCUUUAAACCACCAAGGAAUGUGUGUACAGAGUUGUCCAGAUGACACUGUAGUUGAAGACAUGCAAUGUGUUGACUCUUCUAUGUGUUUACACAGCAGUAGGUUUAUAUCCAACGGAACAUGUGUAUCUAAGUGUCCUGGACGAUCGCCGUAUCUAGCCAAUGGCUACUGCUACCCUGCCUGUCCUAAAGACUUUGUUGUCACUACCCCAGGGCAGUUCCAGUGCAUUAGCGAAUCUGAAUGUGUAAAGCUGAAGAAGAUGGUGUUCAACAGAACAUGUACAGCAGCAUGUCCAAAAGAAUCUCCAUAUAGAUUACAUAACACGUGUAUCUUGGAAUGUCCUCACAACACAAGCAUAUUUCCAGGCAACAAAUGCGUUUCUCCAUCCGAAUGCCCAACGAUGAAAGACGCGGUCAUGUACAAUGGAUCUUGUUUACCUACAUGCCCUUCUUUCGCUCCAUACGUACAUUCUAGAAAUUGUCUGUCCAAAUGUCCGACAGGAUUUUUCGCUAAAGGUUCUGACUGCCUAAAUAAUUACAACUGCCAAAAUGUCUUAUACAAUGGAUCCUGUUUAUCCUCCUGCCCCAAAGAAGCACCGAACAGAAAGGACAAGAACUGUUACUCCAUUUGUCCAUCAGAAACCUACAGUUAUCAGGCCACAUGCAUAGAUGAUAAUGAUUGUCUGGAGAAGAAAUUCUAUCUCUUCAAUGGUAGUUGUGUGCCAACGUGCCCAUCUGGCAGUGCUGGUUUCACAGAUUACAUUUGUCAACCCAAUCAAGGCUUAUGA